AUGGGUUGUUUUGCCUCCAGAUAUCUCUUUUCAGUCCGAAAUCGAUAGAUAGAUAGAUAAAUAGAUAGAAAUACGACAGAGGGCGAAGGGAGCACACGCAGCCAUCCAUCCUGUUUUCUUGUGCUUCCAUCCAUCCAUCCAGGUCUGGAUUAGUCAGCCCAAAUUAGCGCAAUGUCACAUGAUAUUUUCUUCAAAAGAAACCAUCCAUGAGAACGGGUGACCUCAUACCCUCGCAGUCAACUACAUCACAUCACUCACAUCCAUCUUCAACAAAUAUCUAUCUCCAUGAUUAAACACCGCUCUCCUGUCUACAUAGAUGUGACAGGGUUUUUUUUUUUCAAUGAAUGUACGUUGGACCCUACUCUCGACUGAGUUUCCGCGAAUGAUAUAGCUAUAUUAAUUAAUUGGUUCCCAAGAGUUACACAUAUCAUCUAGAUAUACCAUUAUGACUUUUUGCUUGGCUGAUAGACUGCUAUUUAUCGAGCUCCAGCGCCCAAGGAUUUAUGCCCUCGCUAGCUCGGCAUCAUUCACGAUCCACGAUCCACUCAAAAGCCAUGAAGCCCCUUUUCUGCCUGGCCCUCCUUCUAGCCGGCGUUGUGUUUGCCAAUGUGGAGAAAACUAUAUUCACGGCACCCAAGCCUAGCCCGCUGCAGUCGUAUCAGGACCUAUUUGAUGACCUAGAGAUAGAACGAUUAUCCCCACAGGCACCAUCUAUCAGAACAUAUGCCUUAGCUUCAUUUCCGUCGGAAGAGGCUCCCAAGGGAUUUGAAAACUGGUUUUACCUUGACUCUCUGAAACCUGGCCAGCGAUAUGAAGUUCGCGUUUGCUACCUCGCAACUCAACCUACAUCUUUCACUCUAACAACCUACACCGUCUCCGAAAUCCUCGACUCCCCUUCCCUAAUUUCCAGCCUAACUACAUUCUCCGCCUCACACCUCCCAACGCUCCUUGAACGACUUGACAAAGACUACCGACACAACCAACAGCAGCACUUGGCCGCCGACGAACACCCGCCCAGCAACCCUUUCGCCCUGCCGCCCAAACUGGGCCACUCAUCGAGACAGGACGCUAGUAACAGGGCUUCAACAUCCGCUUUAUUCCUACAAGUCCACGCUGCUGCUGACUACUUCACAGUGGACAAGGGCUUGAUGGAGAAUGUGCCCCCCGUACAUGUCGAUGUCAUUCUCGACCCUUAUCUUUUUCACCUUUUUCCGAAAUCAUUGUUGCCUACUACUGUGUAUAUUCUUAUUCUUGCGGGGAUAGCUUGGGUUAUCUCUUCGUUUGUGUGGACUGGAUUUGAGGGUGUUGCGGGCUUGUCUAAGAAAAACAAAAGAGAUCGGGAGAAUCAGCUUAGGCAGCGUAGUGAGUCGGGGAAAAAGGAAAUAUGAGUCAUUAGACGGCUUGCGCAGAGGGUUGAUGGAGGAACGAGAGGGAGGAGGGAGAAGGAGGCUGAGGAGGCUGCGUGGCCUGUUACUUACUAUCUGCUCGAAUGUUCAUGUCCCUCUUUCCCUGUUCCCCUCGGCUCCCAUUAUCGGAUAUGUAUUCCAUUAAUAUUGGCAUUCUGACGCCUUACAUAGCGUUAUUGCAUAUUACGAUUCCUUUGCAUAGCUGUGUGACUGGUACUCAGAUUCGUGCGCAUGGCACGAGCUAAGUAUAAACACCCCUGGUUCCAAUCUCUCUCCAACCUCCAAUCUUUUAUACGCGGCUGAGCGGCAAUUUUUUUUGACCGAUGCGCAUUUCGAAUGAGUCCCAAAUACGCCCGAUAAAUAUAUAUAUAUAUAUAGGUAUAUAUCUACUCAUUGGAGAUCAGACAGGCUGGUAAAGUCGGAAAUGGUAGAUGCGAGUCCGCCAAGAGAGAGCCAACGGUGGCCAACUACCCCUGGAGGGGGAAUUUCUUGAACAGGCAGUGUUCGUUGAAUGCUACAGACACCAUCAGCUGAAGUGGCUUUCAAGACGUGUCAUUGAGUGUUCAUGCGAAUUUAUAGUUGACAAGAACGGUUUUAUGUUUAAAUUCGGAAGAUUUCCUUUGACAUAUGGAAGGUCGCAAAUAGCUCACCUUCACUUCACCCCUUGCUCCCGUGAUGCACUGAUGCUAGGCAGCCCAUUAACCAUUAGGAGGUAAAUACUCCAAGUAAAGUCAACAAGUGGCCGGGUUUCAUUCCAGUUCUUCACGCUGCCCUUUACAUCCUUCGGGUUGGCUUCAAGCCCAUUUACGCAGCGUAAAGUCUUUGAUGAUACACUUACCUUACCCCCGGUAGUUGAAGCCUCACAUUUGACGCUGCUCAUCAGAUAUCCAGAGCUGCGGCUGUUCUUCUCGCUUCCUACAAAUUUCACGCCCCGCGGGCUUAACCACAUCUCCCGCCCGCAUGAGACCUCAUUGCUUCUGAAACUCCUUUUUCACACCAUAACGGAGCGCUCCAUGAGAUACAAACCUAGAAUAGUCUCUAUCUGAGACUCUCGUUAAUCAUUCGCGUAUGGUUGGACGAAGCCACCAGAACAGAAAAAUCCACCGCAGCUCUGCUCAUAUUUUAGCUAAAUAACUUAAAUAAACAUUUCAUCUGCCCUGCCAGGGCGAGUCCAUUCCGAUCUGUUAGAAAAGAGAUUUGGCAACAGGUAGUACCUCCAUGAUGAAUUUGCAUGCCUGACAUUUUAGCAGAUCUCAUCUGAUCUGGUUCCCCUUAGUUUAUUAUUUUUCUUUUGCUUCUGUGUCAUCCUUUGGCCUACCCUACCUUGAAGAUUUUUCUAUUGGCUGCAUUGUGCAUUCUGUGUCUAGAUUUCGCGAGAGGGUGCUGGCCAGUCUAUUCUAUUGAUUGAGUCGGCUUCUUCACACAUUCGGAGGCGGCUGAUGGAUAUAAAUUUUACAUACGACCUAGAGAUUUGACCCUUCCGCCGUAUUGGACCGGGAAUACGUGGCAUUCUUUCAUUUCAGAACAAAGAUAAACACCCACUGCAUCGCCCAGUUUCGGGAUUUUGCUCUACUGGAUCACUCCAACAUACUAAAGAAAGACAUUUGCGGAAUUCUCUUCAUUCCAGCCUCCUGUCUACAUCUCUUUGAAACAUGCUCGUUUUACUGUUCCUAGCUGAACAAACAACCCAUAUUACAUCCGAAGAUGGCAUAUCCCCUCAAGCAGCGUCCCUCGGCCUACUUGGCCUCUUCCUCACAUUUUUCUCAGCAAACCCUCGUUUCGCCCAUCAAAUAAGGGCGGGGGAGCCUUCAACGAUCUUGAGUUCUGUGGCGGCCUUGGUGGCAUUCCGUGCCCUCCACCCAAGCAAUGCUUUGAUGAUCCGACGGAUGUAUAGUCCAGACCUAGGACAUCGUUAGUCCGAGGAUUUGCCUUCAAGCAAGGAAAUGAUUUCUGGGGGUUGGGGUAUGAUUGAGAAUGCGAUUUGUAAGAAAGGGGAGAAGAAAGAUGGAUAAAGAUUGGAGAAGCUAUCAGUGGCGCAUAUUAUCCCCCUCAUGCAGGUGAGAUUGAGAUCUCGAGACGUGGGACGAGUGGCGGAGCACAGGGUAACUUGCAAGUUCCAUUUUUGCAAAGGUUUAUAUAACUGGCUGAUACGGCUAGCUAAAGUGUUGAGAAUGUUAUCGUCGAGCAGCCUUUCGAAUAUGAUCCAAUCCGCCCUUCUGGGCAUAUUGCGCCUCUCUCUUCAUUUACAUCCUAACUACAAUUUAUUUGUCUUUCCCACACAUGCAAUGCUGCAAACUUUGAAAUGGUGAAUGACUCGGGAAAUCUAUACUGGGCUGUGCAUUCUACCAUAAAAGAUAGGAAAAUAUAAAUACUCAUGCUUCGUCAAAUUGGCCUCUCCAUUUCCAGGGACAAUCUCUUCCACAACCUGUCAGUUUUAGCUUCUUGCGAGGAUUCAACUGAGAACACAUAAAAAAGAAAGAUAAAAGAAACGCCUCCAAGAUGAGCCCGAUCGCCAUUCUUGCCUUCCUGCUCGCCGCCGUCUCCGCAUACCGUACCCCGCCGCGACAAUACCAGCCUUGCGGCGACCAUGGCAUAAAUCCCAAGCCCUGCCCCUUGGACUUCAUCUGCAUCGACGACCCGCGCAAGCCCGGUUGUGGUAUGGCUUGCGAUAUUUCUGGCAUCUGCAUUAAACCUCGGUUCUGUGGCGGGUUUGCUGGCAUCCAAUGCCCCCGAGGGAAGAAGUGUUACGAUGACCCAAGGGAUACAUGCGAUCCAAACUAUGGGGGAGCUGAUUGUGGAGGGAUUUGCGUGUGAGUAGCUUAUGAUUGGAGUUUAGUCGUGGUUGGUAAAUUUGGGGUAG